UAUUUUCAGCAGUCAGUCACUCGAGGUGGUACGUACCAGUAACUGAACCAUCAUGUUGCUGGUCCAACGACGGUUGCUGAAAAAGUUUUGGUUGUUGUAUGCUCUAACUGUGUCUAUCAUACUUACUAGUAGUCAGCACUCUGCAUCAGCAAGCAGGCUGAAACGCGAUGCUGUUGUCGCUGUGCCUAGAGAUGAGGCAGGGAAAGUCAUCUCUAAAGUCUCAACACGUUUGGUAAAUGGGCAACACCAGGAUAGAAUUUCAUUCAGAUUGGAAAUUUUUGGUCGAAACUAUACUUUGGAUCUAGACCAGAAUAGACGUUUGGUUUCAAGCUCUUUCAAAGAAGUUUACUUCAGUUCAACAGGAGAUCCAAUUAUUAACAAGGAUUUUGAGAACUGUUUCUACCAUGGUACAAUUCGUGGUAUAGCUAAUUCUCAAGUGGUUGUGAGCACGUGCAAUGGUCUAAGCGGUUUGUUUUAUCAUGGAAAAGAUCCAGAAACUUUCUACUUCAUUGAUCCAGCCAAACAGUCAAACGAAGAUCAGUUCUCAGAUGGUCACAUUCACACAGUCUACAGAGCAUCAGACUUGGAGGACGAAUCUAUUACGUUUUGUGAUGGUGUACAUGGCAAUUACACUGCAAAACAAACAUUUUUACAUCCAGGAGAUGUAGUCGAGGAUCUGAGAGCAGGACGUGUGCGAAGAGACGUCGCUUCUGAGGAGAAGAUUGUUGAGUUGGUUCUUGUGAAUGAUAACAAACAGUUUCAAGCUCGUGGUAGUGACAUUACUCAGGUAGCUGACAGAUCAAUAUCUCUGGCCAAUAUGGUGGACUCGCUGUACAAGCAGUUGAAUACUCGUAUCGCAUUGGUCGGAGUAGAAGUUUGGAACGAUGCAGAUCGCAUCUCGGUCGUGACCUCUCCAUCGGCCACACUCAAUGCUUUUGCAUCUUAUCGCCAAUCUCAGUUGCUAACUCGUUUCGAAGGUCACGACAAUGCCCAUCUUCUCACAGGGUUAGACUUAGACGGUGCAACAGUGGGAUUGGCAUUCGUCAAGGGAAUAUGUAGCGACUUUUCGUCAGCUGGUAUUGAUCAGGACACUUUCAGUGAAGCUGCGUCUGCAAGUAUCAUAGCUCACGAGUUAGGACACAAUCUAGGAAUGCUGCAUGAUGAUGGACGUGCUUGUGAUGACUGCCCAACUGGAUGUCUAAUGCGAGCAAGUUUUAAUGCUGCAUCGCCAUUCACAUCGUUUUCAACAUGUAGUCGAGAAGACUACGAGCAGACCCUACUAGAUGGCUUUGGAGUGUGUCUCUUUAACACGCCUACCGAGCUGUUUGAUGACCCUGACUGUGGGAAUGGUUUUGUCGAGGAUGGGGAAGGCUGUGACUGUGGAUCGGCUGCGGAGUGUUCUCAGAAGAAUGACACGUGCUGCAAUUCAACCAUCUGUCAGCUGUUUGAUGGUGCCCAAUGUAGCAGUGCAAGGCCUUGCUGCACCAGUGACUGCAAGUUUGCAAGUUUGGGUACAUUGUGUCGUGACCAGAUGAAUAUAUGUGAUCUACAAGACUUCUGCUCAGGGUCAUCAGCCGAAUGUCCAGAUAAUUUAUUUUUACAAGACUUAACAACAUGCUCUGCAACUCCCGAGGCUGUCUGCUAUAAUGGCCAGUGUGAGACACACGAUCUUCAAUGCAAAGAAAUCUGGGGAGAAAAUGCAACUAAUGCUGCUGACAUUUGCUACUCCAAUAUAAAUGUGCGAGGAUCAGAAAAUGGAAAUUGUGGCUCGUUUAACUCUUCAUUUAUACCGUGUACUCUAGAAGAUGUUAACUGUGGCUUGCUCAUAUGUCAAGGAGGAGCUGGCUUUCCAAUUAUAUCAAUUAGUGGGGCAACCAUACAAGCCUUUUUUACAACUUUUACUGUUGGUUCUACUGAAUUUGAAUGCAAGAGGGCGAGGGUUACAAUCCAGGACUCGGUCACUGAUUUGGGAAUUGUAAGAGAUGGCUCUCAGUGUGGAAGUAGUAAGCUAUGUCAAGCUCAUCGAUGCAUCGAUUUCUCAUCUCUGAACGUCCCGAGUUGUCCUACUGAUCAAAGCGGCAACAUAUGUUCAGGCAAUGGAGUGUGUAACAAUCUAGACCAGUGUUCAUGCUCGUCAGGGUUCUUACAACCCAAUUGUACAACAGGUAAGUGAUGUAACCUAAGGGAGUGGGACCUUUCUGAAAGGGAGCUGAACGGUUUUAAUUAAGUUAAUAAUUAGUUAAUAAGAAUAGUAAGGAAGUAGUAGGUCAACCAAUGUUUGGAGCAAGCAAUGGCGUUCUUGAGUCGAUCUCUUUGGCAAGAAGUUGUGUCAGGUAGCACAAGAUGUUACCAAGAAGAUUCAGCACUUGGAAGGUCUUGAGAUGCAAUACACAAGGAAGUGGAUCUUGCACAACUUGUGGGUGUGAAGUAUCGUUUGUGUUUUGUGUGCAAAGUAUUAUGGGAAGAGUUCUAAAAUUGAAAAGUUUGGUUAACAGCCUAUACUCUUACAGAAUUGGUUAGACUUGAGGUGUCGUGCUGUCGUGUCGUUCAAAGCUGGGAGGCAUGCAGCUACUUAAUGCGAGUACAACUCGAGCUACAUUUGAACGAUUGCAAUCAACUAGGUUGUCUUAGCAACAUACUUAUGUGAUCUCUACUUGGUAUUAAUCUAUUACAAACGAAUGGCAUCAAACUUGCAAUGACUGAAUUGAUGGAUGUGGUGAAUUUUGACACGUAGUUGCAUGACAAAUGCAAGUUUUUGUUCUGUUGUUAUGUUGUCAUAUAGUAUAGAUACCAUGUUUAAUUUAAAAAGUUUUUGAAAUCUAGUGAUAUCUAGCUUGUUGAGUGAAAGUAUUGUA